AUGCUCGGAGCCAUUUCGAACCCGGCCCUCAACGAUGGCUUGGUCGAUCCCAGAGAGCUGGCCAAAUGUCUGUUCAACACGUUACAGAAGGACCACAUACCUUUGCGAUUACCUACCGGGCCAGAUGCGUAUGCAAUGAUCAAAGCCAAGGAAACGGCCAAGUUGGAAGAGCUGGAAACAUGGCGAGAAGUCAGUGAGAGUGUUGGUGGUACUGGGGUCCUGGGGACCAUCAGGGACAUGUAG